UCUUCCAGUCUCCAGAAUCAAAAGUGUGACUAUUUUAUUUUUUGUAUUUAGUGAAAAUAAUAUUUAAACUAAAAUGUCUACAAUGGCCGCCCCCUUAUCCGUUGCUGGAACCAGAUAUUCUGGAGCUCCAGUCCGAACUCAAAAUGUGAUGGCUGCAUCUGCAAUAGCCAACAUUGUAAAGAGCUCCUUAGGCCCAGUGGGCUUGGACAAAAUGAUGGUGGAUGACAUUGGAGAUGUCACAGUCACUAAUGAUGGAGCCACAAUUCUCAAAAUGUUGGAGGUAGAGCACCCAGCAGCUAAAGUGUUGGUUGAGCUAGCGCAGCUGCAGGAUGAGGAGGUUGGAGAUGGCACCACAUCUGUUGUCAUCAUUGCUGCUGAGCUGCUCAAGAAUGCUGAUGAGCUAGUCAAGAACAAGAUCCACCCAACCAGCGUGAUCUCCGGCUACCGUCUCGCGUGCAAGGAGGCAGUGAAAUACAUCCAAGACAACCUCACUGUGACAGUGGAGUCCCUGGGCCGCCCCUCGCUCAUCAACGCUGCCAAAACCACUAUGUCCUCGAAACUCAUUGGAGCUGAUUCAGACUUUUUCUCGGAAAUAGUUGUGGACGCCACACAGGCUGUCAAAACUAUCGACCCCCGUGGUAAUGCGGUCUACCCCAUCAAGGCAGUGAACAUCCUCAAAGCCCACGGCAGGAGCGCUCGGGAGAGUGUCCUUAUAAAAGGCUAUGCUCUCAACUGCACCGUCGCCUCGCAGGCCAUGCCCAAGAAGAUCUUAAACGCCAAGAUUGCGUGCCUCGACUUCUCGCUUCAGAAGACUAAGAUGAAGAUGGGAGUUCAGGUGCUAGUGUCAGACCCAGAGAAACUCGAAGCGAUCCGCGCUCGCGAGUUGGACAUCACGAAGGAGCGUCUACAGAAGAUUCUCGCGACGGGUGUCAACGUGAUCCUCUGCAGUGGUGGUAUCGAUGACCUCUGCCUGAAAUACUUCGUGGAGUCUGGUGCUAUGGGCGUGAGGCGCUGCAAGAAGUCCGAUCUGAAGAGAAUCGCGAAGGCCACUGGAGCUGCCUUCCUCACUUCUUUGACUAACAUGGAUGGCGAAGAAGUAUUUGAGCCAAGCAUGAUCGGAGAGGCCGCGGAAGUAGUGCAGGAGCAGAUCUGUGAUGAUCAACUUAUACUCAUCAAAGGGCCGGCAGCCCGCAGCGCGGCGUCGAUCAUCCUGCGCGGGCCUACAGACGCGUACUGUGACGAGAUGGAGCGUUCAGCGCACGAUGCGUUGUGCGCUGUGCGCCGAGUACUGGAGUCCGGGCGACUCGUCCCCGGCGGCGGCGCAGUGGAGGCCGCGCUGUCGAUAUACCUCGACAACUUCGCCACCACACUGAGUUCCCGGGAGCAGCUAGCCAUUGCGGCGUUCGCGCAGUCGCUGCUGGUAAUCCCCAAGACGCUGGCAGUGAACGCGGCGCGCGACGCCACAGACCUCGUCGCCAAACUGCGCGCAUACCACAACUCCUCGCAGACUAAGGCCGAGCACGCAAACCUUAAAUGGGUGGGUUUGGACCUGAACGAGGGAACCCUAAGAGACAACUUAGCGGCCGGAGUCCUCGAGCCAGCCGUCUCCAAGAUCAAGUCUCUCAAAUUCGCCACAGAAGCCGCCAUCACGAUUCUCCGCAUCGACGACAUGAUCAAACUAGACCCAGAACAGAAAGGCAAAACUUACGAGGACGCCUGCAACGCCGGAGAGCUAGACUAGAGUAUUACUUAGCAUUAUAGAACUAUGUGCACACGGGUCUUUCAUUUAAAUGCAAAGUUUUCGAAAUUAUUCUUUUUUUAAAUUGUUUUUUUUCUGAUACUAGUAAAGUUUAAACAUUGUCCUCAUUAAAGUAAAGACAAGACUGCCUUAUAUUACGUAAGAA